GGGUCAGACUCUUAAAACUUUGGAAAAGGCUUGGUUGGACUCUUGAAACCUUGAGAAAGACUCAUAAGGUCAGACUCUUGAAAUCUUGGAAAAGGCUUGGGUUCAGACUCUUGAAACCUUGGAAAAGGCUUGGUCGGACUCUUGAAACCUUGGAAAAGACUUGUAAGUUUAUUGGGGGGUCAGACUCUCGAAACCUUAAAAAAGCCUUGGAAAUAGAAUUUAUUUUGAACAUAAAGUGA